AUGGAAAAGAUUGUAAAAACAUCAUUGAUAACAGUUGGUAUUACGGCUGCAUUCGCUGCUUUUCUUGUAUAUAUAAAUCAGGAGGAAGGUGCAAACAGCGAUGGUAACUCAAGUAGUGGAAGUAGCAGUGGCAGUAGUAGUGGUGAUGAAUAUUCCUCUUCUUCAAACAGUCAUGAAAUGUCAACUGAUUCAAAUGGUGAUGAUGAUGACGAUGAUGGAACAGUAUCAUCACCGAGAACAAUGUAUGACUAUCUAAAGAUAUUGAGAAACGAAGAGAAUACAGAUUAUUAUAUAUUAAAGAAAUUGGAAUCGACCCAAGUUUUACUUUCGAUUAGCGCAUAUUCUGAAAGCUUUCCAAUGCUGGAAGAGCUCGAUGUUAUAAAUAUAGUUUUAGAUAAUAUGAAUUACAUUCUUUCGUUGGAUAUUACCAGUCCUAAUCAAGAUGGCCUGCUGAUAAAGCUCGGUUUGUUCCUCGGCAAUCUACUGACCAGUAAGAACAGUCAGAAGAAAGUGAUCGACAGUCGAUUCGUACCCACUCUUUUAAGUUUAGUCAAUGACAAAGUGGAAUCAAGAGCUGAUUUCUCAUUGUUGUGUUUACAGAAUCUAUCAUUAAACGGUACGAAGGAAGGAGCAGAGGAAAUCAUUGUUUCACAAGGUUUAGACUCUUAUUUGAAACUUUUAAAUAAUGCAUCGAAGCCAAACAAUCUUAAAAAACAAGCACUUUAUACUAUUUUAAAUAUUUCUUUGAUAAAUAGAGUUAAAAAUAUGAUAUCCAAUAAUAAUGAGUUAAUCGAUACCCUAGAGAGAAUUGAUUCUGGAUCACAUCUAGACCUUUCCAAUCUUACAUCGAGAAUUUUACAACUUUUACAAUCCGACGACGAAUAA